ACCCACGACAUUCGAAGAAGUGGAUCUCUGCUGUCCCUGCUCUCCGCACAUCCGCAUCUUCGUCGCUACUUCGUUUGCCACUUUGCCACUCCGCAUAUUCACAUAUUCGCAUCCGCAUAUCCGCGCCCAGUCCACUCUACUCUCUGCCGCGCGCCCCAGUGCAUAAGUGUGCGUGCGUACGAGCGCGUGUGUGUGUGUGUCAUCGUCAACUGUGAACGACCAACUUUUUUAAUAUCUCAGCAAAAUGCAACAAAAAUAAAUGCACCACGGGCAUGAAAACAACAACAGCACACAGCUCCAACAGUGAAUUCUACCAUCUGAAUUUAUCAACUUUUUACGCAACAAAAUAUCAAAACAAAACGAAGCGAAAAAAACCCUUUUUUUAAAUUUCAAACCUGUGACAAAGUGAGAAAAUCGAAAACAAAAACAGCAAUAAGCCAAAAUACAAUAAAAUAUCUACAACUCGCUGCUAAAUUAGCAAAAGGCACCACCAGUCAUCGCCGCCGCCACCGCCAUCGCCAGCGCAACCAUAGAAACAAAAUCCACCACAGACGACAUGGAGCACAUAAUGAAUCCGUUCAUGUCACCGGCUUAUCUGCUGGGCCAUGGCCCACAUUCCCACCAGCAUGUGCACUCCCAUCUACCGACACACCCGCAGCCAAAUGCCGCCUCUCCGGCCAGCUCACCCGGCGGAUCCAGUGGCUCUGGAUCGGGAUCCGCAGCGGGAUCUGCCACUGGAUCUGGCACCGGAUCGGGUUCAUCCUUGAAGCCACGUCGCUGGGGCUCACCGCCCAUUAAUCUGGCCGGUCAGUUCAUCAAUCCGGCCACGGGAAAGAAACGUGUGCAGUGCUCCAUUUGCUUCAAGACCUUCUGCGACAAGGGCGCCCUCAAGAUUCACUUUUCGGCCGUGCAUCUUCGCGAGAUGCACAAGUGCACGGUGGAGGGCUGCAAUAUGGUGUUCAGUUCGAGGCGUUCGAGGAAUCGCCAUAGCGCCAAUCCGAAUCCCAAGCUCCAUUCGCCGCACAUCCGGCGCAAGAUCUCGCCGCACGAUGGCCGCACUGCCCAGCAGUUUCCGGUUUUCUCGCCCGGAACAGCCGCGGCAGCGGCCGCUGUCGCCGGACGACUUCCGGUUGCGUUUCCCGGACUUCUGCCACCGCCGCCGCCGCAUCAUGGUCACCAUCCGUACGUCAUGUUCGGCGGACAGGCGGGUCUCCAUGGCUUGGGCCUGCUUUCCACCGGCUGCCAGGAUCCCGAUUCCGGAUCGGUGGACAAUGAGCAGGAUGCUGAUCCCGAGGAUGACAAUGACUUUGUGUACGUGGACAUGCAGGCCAAUAGCUCUAGUCCGGCGGCCUCCAGCGAGGAUCAGGAGGAUCACGAACGGGAUAAUGAGCAGGAUGAGGAGAUGCACUGCAGCUUGAGCCUGGCCAGCAGUAGUAGCAUCGCCGCCGAUGAGGAGCGAGCAGCUGACCAGCCAUUGGAUUUCAGCCUUCACAAGCGUCGCAAGUCGGAGCAAGAUCGGGAACAGGAGCAGGAGCAGGAGCGGCGGGAGCAGGAGGCGGAAAAGGAGCAGGAACAGGAUGUGGAAUCCGACAAGGAGCAUGAACCCGAACAGGAGCAUGAGCUGGAGCGUGAGAAGCGUUCGCCCAGCGAUGCCUUCUCCAUGGAUCAGUUGCUGGGCAAGCGGAAGCGUCACGACAGCACCGCCUCCAGCUCCGCCUGUUCCACGGCAGCCGCCUCCUCCGCCUCCAGCUCCUCCGCCAGCGCUAGCGCCAAUCCACCACAGACGAGCAUCAAAAUGGAACUGGACCCGGACAGCGACAGUGCCUACAUGACCAGCCGGCGGCAAAUGCUCCCGCUGCCCGUUCUGGACCUCGAGGAGCAUCAUCAUCUGCGCCUGCUGCAGACCCAGAUGUUUGCCGCCGCAGCGGCUGCCGCUGCCACCAGUCAGGCACCGCCCACCGCCUUCCUGCCGGCGGGAUCCCCCGUUGAUCUGGCCAAGGACUCGCCGCCCAUGUGGAGCCUCCUCUCGGAAAUGUACCGCUCCAUGCUGCUGAAGACACAGCACCAGCAAUACAACCACCAUCAUCAGCUGCAGCAGCAGCACCAGCAGGAGCAGCAUCAUCAUCUGACCCUGAGCCACCACCAUCAGGAGCAGCACCAUCAUCUGGGUCACCACAUGGGCCACCACCACCACCAUCACCAUCAGCACCACCAGCAGCAGCCGCAACAGCAAUCGCCGGCGGCCACGAAUGCGCCGAUUUCCGUCUAAUCUGCAGACUGCUGAUCCAUGGCGAUGAUUUCUAGAUGAUUUCCUUAGUCAAAUUUGUUUUUCUUUUUUUUUUGUGAAUCGUAUUUUAAGAAGAAUACAUUUGGUGGCGUGCUGCAUUACAAAAAGGUGGAGCUUCAGGUGGCGGGGCUGUGCCACAGCUUGACCAUUAAAUGGCUGGCACUCCUCCUCAGGCGCGACCCCGCAACACCCACCUACGUGUGCCCACCAACACCCAAUGCCACUGAGCACACCACCCACCCCCCUCUGAAAACUGGAAUUGCUCCGAAACUAAGCUUUUUCUGCUCGUACAUGUGUUAUAUGGAUUUUUUUUUGAAAACCUAUGUAUAAUGUAUAAUGUAUACUGUAGUGCGACAUCUAAGUGUAUAGUAUUCAAUCCGUUCCUCAGUGUGCAUGUGCAGAUGUAUGAAUGUGUGUGUGUGAGAGAGAGAGUGUGUGUGUGUGUGUGGGAUCCCAGGAUCGGAUCCAAAAAAAAAACAUAAAGUCUGUCAUCUGAAAAGCGGGCUGGGCAGUGCAGAAGCGGGGAUUUUGGAACGGGUUCCGUUUCCCUGCCCCCUCUAUCAGUGUACAACGAAGUAUUGAUAUUUAUAACGAAAUAUAUAUUAUGAAUGCAUAUAUUAAAUAGUUUUAAGACAAUUUUUUUCGUAGCCAAUAAAACUAUAUUGUAUUGUAUAACUUGGAUGUACUAACACAGCAAGCAAAUUCUAUUGAAACAUAUCCCCCGUGUGUUAAAAAAAAUGAAAAACAGAAGAUUCACCCAAUCCCUAAAAAACAAAACACAAAAAACAAAAUUAUAAAAUCGCAAAGGUUGAUAGAUCGUAGGUGAACGAAAAUGUUAUUGCUAUCGCAAACGAAAAUUCCUCCCGACGAUUGUGUACUGUAUUACAACAAGAUUUUAAGUUUUUUAUUAACAAAUAAACAACGGCAAAAUUGAAGAAACAUGUAA